GAAGAAGCCGUACGAUCGCGUACGUGCAUUCGGGUGCUGCUUAGUUUUUUUUAUCAACUGGAACUACGCGAUACGCCUAAUCAGCUGUCUCAUUGUCACAGUGAAAUGGUGUGGGUGAUUGAAUAAUUGAAGAGUGUAAAUGUGAAAAUCAUCGAUUGUCCCUUGACGGUGAACCCCCCCCGGAGGCAAUGACUCGUUCCUGUGCAAUAAACUCGUGCAGAAUAGUGUCAAUUUAACCACGUAAUCAAUCUCUAAUUUUCAUCAUAUGAGGAAUGACAACAGUGGCAAGACAGUUAUGCACCAGUUGACGUCGCCAUUUAAUAACCCAUUUCCUCGUAUUUUCGAGAAAUAGUAAAAAAAAUCAAGGACAAAGGUUGCAAGGAUAAUUGACGAGGUCGUACUUGUCGGUGGAGAAUACGAGAAUACCACAUUAUCACAAUCGAUUUACGUAGUUGGAUACCCAACAGUUUUGUGCGACCCAGUGUUUUAGUGGAGUGAGAGGGAGAAUAAGGAGAAACGGAAGCAGAAGGAAAACAUUCGGUUUUGCGAGGGCGGAUGACAGCUUCCUUUGACCUUGACAAUUUAUAGAAAUGACUGAUUUUCGAACGUGAUUUUUCGAACGAGGAGUUUUUUUAGACUCGUGGGGCUAAGCCGAGUGGCUUUGGAUUUUUUCACAACUGUUUGAUUCAUGUCAAAGAGUUAUCUGUGAAGAUGAGCUCUGUUUGGAAGAGAUUGCAGAGAGUCAACAAGCGAGCGGCCAAGUUCCAGUUUACGGUUUCUUAUCAUGAGCUCACGCUUGAAACUACUUCCAAAUGGAAACCUAAUAAGCUGAGUGUAGUAUGGACGAGAAGAAGCAGAAGAGUGAGUUCGGAGCCCCUCGAGUGGGAGCCAUGUCUCAGCGAUCCUCUAAUUGGCAUUGUCAGCUGGCCAGUCCCCGACAAUCACACUGUCUCUGUCACUCUCUUCAAAGACCCUAGAACCCACGAAUUGGAAGACAAGGAUUGGACAUUCGUUGUUGAAGAUGUAUCACCAACUGGUAAAAGACGUCACGUGGCUGCCACGAAUAUCAACAUGAAAAAAUAUGCCACCCUCGAAUCUAGUCAGCAACAAUUGAAAUUGGACUUGAAGCCAACAUCCAAGAAAAUCGUUAGAUCAACGAUAGAGUGCACUUUGUCCUGUGUUUUUCUGCGCGAGGGAAAAGCCACGGAUGAGGACAUGCAGUCAAUGGCAAGUUUAAUGUCAGUAAACAACAACAGUGACAUAGCCCCCCUGGACGAUUUCGAUAACGAGGACAUCCCCGAGGACGUCGAGGAGGUGUCCCUCAAGAACCUGGACGAAAUUCUAGACAUAUCAACGCAGAUUGACUUGAUGACGAGUAGCUUAACCGAAAGCGAGAUGCCCAGCACCCCAGUCAGUAUCGCAAGCCUAGCGAAAGACGAUGCCAUGACUCCCACGAACAUCGAGCCAAGACUUCCUCGGGGCUUGAGUGCCAGCGCCAUUUCCGAUAACCUGCGGGAUAUAUCUCCAAUAAAGAACGAGAUUGCCGUUGAGAACGACAAGAACACGGCGAUGAGAUCGAAAUUACAGCCCCUGGAUCUGAAGAAGAACGAGACAGGCGCCCCAAGACUGAGAGAGAUAACACCUGGCCAGGAUCUCCUCGAGUGGUGCAAGGAUGUAACUAGAAAUUAUCCUGGUGUAAGAGUCACUAAUCUCACGACUUCCUGGCGCAAUGGAAUGGCUUUUUGCGCUAUAGUACAUCAUUUCAGACCUGAUCUCAUCGAGAUUGAUUCCCUGCUGCCGCACGACGUGAAGGGAAACUGUAAAAAGGCUUUCGAUGCUGGUGAGGCACUUGGGAUACCCAGGGUAAUUGAACCUGCGGAUAUGGAUAUACUAACGGUGCCGGAUAAACUUGCGGUUAUGACGUACUUGUAUCAGUUGAGGGCUCACUUCACUGGUCAUGAAUUGGAGGUUCAUCAAAUUGGUAAAACAACAGACGAAUCCUCCUACAUGAUCGGUAGAUUCAACACGGACAACAAUUCUGACGUCAGCGUUCAAUUAUUCGGCCAGGAAAUCAGAAACAUGAGGAAGAAAGAGGGGAUGGAGCAGAGGGGGCACAGGGCAGACAGCAACAGAAGGUCAAAUCCUUUUGAUUAUAAAAGAGACGAGUCCUGUGCUGAUUCUCUGAAGCAUAAAUUGCACUUGAGUCUGAGCACAGACAGCCAGGACUAUGAACUGGGUAAAGACAAGUCUCCGACGAGUGUCAAGGAUGUCAAGGACAUCAUUCUAGCGAGUUCAAAGAGUAUUCUUGGGAAAGUUCUGUCUCCCUCGAAGGAAAAGUACUCGUCUAGGGAGAAGAGCAAGUCUCCACCUCGGUCGUUACAUGUGCCUCAGCAACGCCCCAUUCUCAUGACCAGGAGACAAUUGACUGAUCCCUUUGGCUCUGACGAUGAGGAGGAGAAUAUCCAGGUGGUUGAUGGUAAAUUGUCACAGAGUAUCUCCAUGGGGAAGUCACCAAUGUCUCCCAGAGAUGAGUUGAUUGACCGUGGCAUGCGGGCGAGCUCCGAAGGCCGUGGAACAAUGUCACCAUCACACGGAGACUCUCGUUCUCAACACCCAUUAGUAACGCGUCACGACGAGCUCCGCGAGCGUGCGAGACAGCUCCUGGAGCAAGCGAGAAGCCAGACAAAGACGUCGAACGUAUCAUCACCAGUAUCAAGUCCAGUGGAGGCGCAGAAUGACGAGGACAGGCAGGCACAGCUGCGUGAGAGGGCACGCAGACUGAUAGCAGAGGCUAGGAUGGGUGUUGUUGUAACACCCAGUCAAUUGGUGGAUGAUAACAAUAGCGACAGACGUUCUAUUGAUGAUCAGAAUAAUAGCCCGAGGAGAAGUAUGACUCCGUCUACACCUGGAGAUCGUCUGAGUAUAAAAUCUGAGCACAAUGGAAAUGUUCUGGCAAACGCCAGUGCAGUGGAUGUCGACAAGAAAACGAAUUCCCCACUGUACUCGUUCUCGAAAAUUCUGGAAAGAAUUUCCCCUGAGAAAAGUCCCGAGAGAAGUCCCCACACAAUCAGAGGCUUGGGGAAGGACAUGACUUCCUACAUUCAGAAUGAAUUGGAGGCACUGGAGAGGGAGCAGAGUCAGAUAGACGUGCAAGCAGCGAAGCUCGAGAAACAAUUACGAGCGGCCAUGGAGAGCGAUAAUGAGGAAGACACUGAACGGCUUAUGUCCCUCUGGUUCACUCUCGUUAAUAAGAAGAAUGCACUCCUGAGGAGGCAGAUGCAGCUGAAUAUUCUGGAGAAGGAGGACGACCUGGAGAGGCGAUUUGAAUUAUUGAAUAGGGAGCUGAGGAGCAUUCUUGCUGUGGAGGAGUGGCAGAAAACUGCUGAGCAGAAGGUCCGGGAGAAUUUGCUGCUGGAGGAGCUGGUUUCCAUUGUUAAUAAGAGGGAUGAGCUCGUGCAUCAUUUGGAUACACAAGAAAGAGCGAUUGAAGAUGACGAUGAAAUUGAAAGAGACUUGUCCCGGGCCGGACUAGCUCAGCGAAACAAAAAUUGCGUUAUCCAAUGAAUAAAGUGCUUGUAAUUUGAGCUUUAAAGUUGGAAAGUUUGAAGUUCACGCUGCUGUGGAGUUGCCAAAGAACAAAUUGAACAUUGUGUUUGUAGAACGGUACGUUGAAAUGCCUCGUUUAGUUACCUCGCUCGGUUAUUUUCACUCGGGGAUGAAAGCAUCAAUAAAUUAGGUAAAUUAGAAGGGAAAAAUGAGAAGAAAGACAUCGAUAAAUCAUGGACAAAUGGGGGAUGAGUUACGGUAGGAGCCGCCAAGGACCUUUUUUAUUACGUGAUAAUUAUGGGUUUGAAGCUCUCUUUUGCUCACGACUUUAGAAUCAAUUUUAAAGUUAAACUAGUGUUAAUCCAUUAUUUUAUUCGUAUUGGGGGUUUCCAUAAAUCGAAAUAAUAUUAUCCACUGAUUAGGAGUAAUUAAAAUCAUCAUCGUCGAUUGAUCAUACUCACAAAUGUGCCAUAGGAGCAUCUCGGUGCAAUUUUUUUUGUUCGUGAAAAAUUGAUAAUUCACUGAUACGAAUCUAUAUUUCAUUGCUCAUUUCACUCGUUCAAGGCUACAAGUGUUUUUGUACUCGAUUGACUGUUUUUUGAGACAAAAUAUGACUGUUUCCAUUAUUAAGGUUCAUCCCAGCAUUACAUUCACAUCAAUGUGAUUUAAUAGAAUGAGAAAUUGCAGUCGCAAUUAAUAACAAAAUGAUUAAUUCAAGUAAAGAAUCAAUUUUUGUUCUUUCCACUUGAAAUUAUCAUGAAAAUAACGAAGCUGUGCAUGGCAUUAAUUCAUUCUAUUCAAUUAAUGAUUUAGUGUGCACGUUUUUUAUGCAUAAUGAAGAUUCUAAAAAUUGUAUUAAAGAACAAAUUGUGUGCAGAUAUUUUUUUAAUUCGCUUCGACGAAAAAUUGAUCAAGAAGUAUCUUUCUUAAUCACGAGAAGAAAAAAAAUUUAUUGCCAAAAGAAUUCUCUGUGAAUUGCUGUUGAUUGAUUUUAAGGUAUAUAAGGCCUUCGGUUUGAACCAAUUGACUGGAGAAUAGUUACUUUACAUUGUUUCGAAAAUUCGUUGAUUGUUUUUGUUUCAAGAGACAUUUUCAUUGGUAAUUGAAUCCACGAAAUAAAAGAACAAAGCUUUAACAGUACUAUAAAUAAGUAAUAUUUAAUGCGUGAAGCUUAUUGUCUUAAAGGAGUAAGACUAAAUCGUCCACAUGAUGUAAAUACUUGCAAGCGAAAUGAAAUUUACAUUGUCGAAUUUAUCAUUUUUAUUAGAGAAAAUUAUUUAAGAAUUUCAUCUCUGUAAACGCCACUCUCGCCUCUUCAUUCUAGUUUUAUUUAUCGUUUAUUGUAGAGCUUAUGAAUUCAGUAAGUAGUGAAUUUUUAAUUUCGUGAAAUCAAUAAAGUCAUUCAAUUCAAAUGAAUCAUUGCGAGUCUCAAUUUGUGGUAGUAAGUCCAAGAAUUCCGUGCAUGCUGGGACCGAGGGAAAUACAAGGGAUUACGUCACAAAAUCGAGUAAAAAUCCUCCCCAUCACUGAAACAUGUAAUUCCCAUGAUGCAUGCCGUCUGACUUGACACUUUUUAUUACUCCUGUACAGAUACAAAUGCGGGUCUAUCAUAUUAGACCUAAUUGACGCGUCAGCGUCUCUUUGGAAGGUUUCAAUUCUAAACGUAAGGUAUAAAUGGAAUUAUAAAUCAUCAUGUGUAACGGUUUAAAUUUUUUCUACGUAAUUUGAGGGGAAGAGGCCAUUUCUUCCGUUCAGUCUGCCCUCCCACCAGCCACCUUCAUCUGAAAGACAAAACGUGAAUUAAAUCGAUUGACGAAUGAGUUUAGGAAUGACGAAUGAACAAUAACAAAACUGUCGAAUUCCAAAAAGAAAAAGUCAAUUUUUCGUAUCUCCAAAUGUUGAAAUUUUCACAUAAAAUGUGAGUUUAGGUGAGAAUGUCAAGACCUUUUUUGCUAGAUUUUGUUAAUUUUCUCCCCUACAUAAAAAGAUCUGUUGGACAAAUAAGGUUUUGCAUUAAAUUGUUCUAUUCCUCGAUACGAAAGUUGAAUUGAAACUGUUAGACCCGUAUUUUUCCAUUUCAACAAAUGAGAGAUUGAUUAGUUUUAGGUAAUUACAAACGUUUCCGUUGUUUUUUUAAUCGGAAAAAACCUUGACUAUUUCCUAAUUUUUCAAAAUAAAAAAAUAAGUGUCUCAUGCAGCAAAAAUAUUAAAUUUGGCUGGAGUCAACUACAUUUUAACAUUUUUCUUUUCAUAAAUAUCAAAUCAUCUCCAUAAUGAGUCAAUUUCCGUUGAAAAGAAGAAAAAAACCUCAUUUGUCAGAGGUUUAAUCAAUCAGCAAAAACGUUGUCACUUCAAUACAGAAUUAUAUUCGACA